AUCACUACUAAGCUUUAACAGCCUGAUCUACCAGGACGGAAGCCACAAUGACCAAUUUGAGCUCCUCUGUCACGGAUUACUCUGAAUUUUACCUAGAAUUCAACUACACGGACGGGCUGAACAUAACCGAGUUCAUUCCUGAUGAGAAAACCAUCCCAUGCACGCCCAUCGCCACAUCAGAUGCCAUCAACAUUGGAGUGUGCGCUUUCUUUGUUCAGGUCUUUCUCCUGGCCAUUCCGGGGAACCUGAUUGUUGGAUGUGUAAUCAUCUCAAACCGACGGACUCUCUCUCCAUCAGACAUUUACUUGGUCCAUCUGAUCAUCGCCGACACACUGCUGGCACUCAUCCUUCCCUUAUCAGCCACCUCCAUCAUGCUUGGGUGGAUCUUCGGAGACUUCAUGUGCAAGCUGGUCAGCUUUGUAAAGGAAGCAAACUUCUACACGAGCAUCCUCUUCUUGGUUUGCAUCAGUGUGGAUCGCUACAUGUUGAUCGUCAGAGCUAUGGAGGCGCGGAAAGCCCAUAGAAUUUUCUGUACCUGGACCGUUUGCAUCUUGGUCUGGUUCAUGGGAAUCCUACUUUCCCUGCCUGCGUUCUACAACGAGGUUUUCUCCAUCGAAGGCUACGAGGUGCAGAUCUGUGCAGAACGUUUUGAAUUAGAAAGCUCAGACGAAUGGAGGCUGGCGACCCGAGCCAUGCGUCACCUCCUGGGGUUUCUGCUCCCUCUUGCUGUCAUGCUAACAUGCUACGGCGUGACAGUGGCCAGGUUGCUACGUACAAGAGGAUUCCAACGCCAGAGAGCAAUGAAAGUGAUUGCAGCAGUGAUGAUAGCAUUUUUACUGUGUUGGAUGCCCUUCCAUAUAGCCACCAUGGUUGAUACGCUGCUGAGAGCCAAGCUGGUGGAGAAUGGCUGUACGGCUCAGCGUGCUGUGAGCUUUGCCAUGUUCGUCACACAGAGCCUGGCACUGCUUCACUGCUGUGUAAACCCGGUUCUGUAUGCCUUUGUGGCUGAGAAGUUCAGAAAAAGGUUAUUUCGUAUGCUGGGAAGAAAAGGUGCCUUUGACAGAGAAGUGCCAUUAAGGUCCACCAGGGUCACCUGUCAGAAUUCAGAGGGCACGUCCAGUUUCCUCUAA